CACACCGCAACCUGCCGAGGGUAAAGGAGAGCAGACUCGGCCUGCAACAGCUGCAUCAUAUGCAUUUCUUUGUGUGUUUUCCAUGUUGAGGGUGUGUGCAUGAAGCGCAAAAUGACUGAUUUGAAGAAUUUAGUGUGAGUGUGUUUGAUUUAAUUCCAACAGUUUCAUUGGUCCACUGUGACCUGUUCGGUAAUUUUAUUGGUCUGAUGUGACGAGGCUAAAUGUAUUGAUGGCUGAAGCUCGCACGUAAAAAUCUAUACAUUAGCCACAUCGUUGUAUAAGCCGCAGGGUUCAAAGCGUGAGAAAAAAGUAGCGGCUUAUAGUCCAGAAAUUACGGUAGUUUUACUAUGGCUCGUUCUACACUUCCUGCUUACUGCUACAACUGUGUUUUCACAAACUUUUGGUUGGUCACCGAUCUUCCUUUGCAGUUUUCCAUCAGUUAAAUUUUUUAGCUCCUUCGGUAAUUGUUUUCCAUGUAGAGCCAUGAUGCAGGCAUGGAAAUACACAUCAAAUGGGUCCAAAGCUGAAUAACCAUAGCUCAUUAAAGCUGUUGUUAGCCAUGGCGAAUGCUCACCGGACAAACGUUCUGGUGACGUCGUGUUUGAAAACGCCGGUAGACCCGCACACCAGAGCGCCUUUAGCUUCGUACGAGCGGGAGAGAGUCCUGCCGUACACGGCUACGGGUCACAUGGACAACCGGGACUACGAGAAGGAGUUGGAGUAUGAGGACUCAGGCUCUGAUUUCUGUGAUGAGGACUAUCAAGGGAAGGCUGGACCUUACAUGGUGGCCGACUACAGAGCAGCAGGACACCGCCUCGACCUGAGUGAAAUCUUUUUCUCCAAUGAGGAGUACUACAGUAAGCUAGAGGAGCUGAAGAAGGCCCACCUGCGCACAAUGGCUGAGCUGGAGAGCAUGUAUCGGCAAAAGCUGCAGCUCAAAUCCACGGAGCCUUUUGACAUGGCAAAGCUGGAUGUGGGCCACAGGUUGCAGUGCGCAAAUACCAGCCCAGCAGCCCCAUGCCAUCGCUUGAGAAAAUCACACUCUGCUGUUGAACUCAGGUGGGGCUCUGGACAUUCAGACUCUUCAGAUGAGGAUGAAGCUGCCAGUAAUGAUGUAGAGAAAGGUCUGCUGUUUUCUCCCAAAGAGCACAUCAAGAACAUGUGGAGGGACUUUAAACUGUCCCCUUAUAGUCGCCGCCUGUCCUCCUCUUCACUGCACAGCCUACCAGGAGGCCAGAGGAGAUCACGAAAGAGAAAAGAAAAGAAGAGGCAGGGGAAUAAAGAUGGUGAACAGGAGCAUUGGAAACACAGAGUGACCAUCCCAAGACCUUUCCAGAUGACGCUGCGUGAGGCUGAAAGGCGGAAGCAUGGCGUAAAGACACGUUCAGAGAUAGAACUGGAGAAUAGAGAGCUGCGAAGGCAGCUAGAGGAACUGACAGAGUGCCAGAGGAAGUUUCGUGCUAGUCCUGUACCUGCACAUGUUCACCUCCCACUUUAUGAAGAGCUACAGGGACGGAAUGAGGAACGACUGCGAACAAUGAGAGAGCGACAAGAGCAGCAUCUUCGAACCAUCCAGAAGCCCUUUAGCUUCCUAGAGAGGGAGCGACUAAAGAAGGAGCAGAAACAGCUACGUGACCAACAACUCUCCGACCAGCAGAAAGUUAAACCGUUCAAGGCCAAGCCUGUGCCUAAGUCUGUGUAUGCAGCAGCAUCAGGAGAUCAGAUGAAGGAAGAGCAGCUCUAUCGGUCUAUCAAGAUACAGAUGAGAGCUCAGGAGAUGCUCCACAGUGCUUCAAUGCCUCCCAGCAUGCUCACACGGCGACUCAGUGAGCGUAAGAAGGCUAAAGAUGGCAGCACUCCAGCUGGAGGGGAGGACAGCUUCUCACACAGGCCACAAAUAAACAAAGAGGUACCUGAUUUUGAUGCCAGUUACAGACGCUUCCAGAAGCACCUGGAAAAACGAAAGGAGGUGAAGCCUACAACUGCAUGUGAACCCUUUGAACUGAAGACAUCACAGAUCUCCUCACACCGAGAACGCAUCCUGGCUGACAUUGAGAAGGAGCAGAGCAGCCCUCGGAUGCUGCGCUGGCCAUACAUCAACUCCGGACCAGCUCGGACACCAAACUCAAGCCUUUGCUCAUCCCUCUCAGGCAGCCUGGAGCUAAUUCCUGCCAAAGCGACAGAUGCCACAAAAAAACGCCAUGAGGCCGUGAGAAAGGCCCUGGAGCAGAGGAAGAGGGCUGAGGAGGAGGAGGAGCGGUGGAGGGAAAGACAGAAGCAGAAGGAGAAGAAGCUGCAGAGGGUGGUUUUGAAGCGUGCCCAGGCCAACGACACCCAUCUGGCUCUCUCACAGACCCACCAGAGCAAGCUCAAAGAGUUCAGGAAACAAGACUUUCAGCGCAGGAGGGAAUACCAGCAGGAGAUUAAAGAGAUGCGACAGAGAGUGAAGGGAAGGCCGCUGCUGUUGGAGCAGGUUGCACAGAGGAAUGCCAAACAUGCGGCAGAGAAACGCUACACCAAAGCCCUGCAUGGAUGUGAUGUGACUGAGGAGUUUAUCAGCAGCAAAGCAGCCAAAUCAGGAUCUGCACGCAGGGCCUCCCCAUCCAGUGACAGCAAGCACAGUGACCUAGAGGAGAUGGAUGCUGGGUACGAACCUGUUCACUACAGAAAGGUCUUCCUUGAUGAUGAAGACAUGGAUGACGAAGGCAAGAGCGAAGAAGGGAGAGACAGGGAGGAGGCGAGUGACGUGGAUGCCACCAGUAACCAUGGAGCCAAGGAUUACCGUGGAGAUGAUCGCCAGUAUUCUGACGAAAGUUACCACUACUCAGACGAUCAUGAGAAUUACUCAGACGACAGCGAGCACGAGGCUGAUGCUAAGCAGCAAGAGGCAAGGGAGUGAUGUCAUCAAAUAUCUCCAGUCAAGGGGCAUCUCUGUGUUCAAAAGCUCUGAUACAGAAACCUGAACUCAUCAAGUAAAUAAUAAGUGAGGAUGAAAAUGUCUGAGUGUCUAAGGAUAAAAUGUAAGAAUUAGAACCGGAAGCUGUACCUGAGGUGGUGCUGUAUCUGAAAUCUCGCUGUUGCUCACCAAUUCACUAAUACUACACUAAUAAUCAUGUUGUAGUGAGUAAGUAAAUUGAGGUUUUGGACAUCUGGAGUUUCUGGGAUAAGUAAUGUACAUGAAAUGAGUUCGCUCCACUUCGGCAAAUUUUGUGGGAACAAAAAAAGCAGAAGUUUCACACUUCAGGGAGUGACUUUGGACAUGGCCAUAGGUCAUUUGCACAGUCCAUACUUUGACUUGUCAUUGUAGGAUAAACACAGUUGUUACCAAUAACAGUAUCAAUGACUGUCUUCUACUCAAGCAUCCCAGUAUACCAUGAUCACAAUGGGGUUUCUCAAAUCUAUUCUACAUCCUACCUGUCUGGAAGAUUUGCUUUAUAUUAAGUGUAGCAAUUUACUGUUUUAGUUGUUACUAAAAAAAAAAAGAAGCUCACCACACUUUGCAACUUUUACGUACAAUGUCUGAAUGAAAUCAAAGUGUAAUUUUGAAUUGUCACUGAAAAUUAAAACUUUUUUUAAGAAAA